GCUCAGUGCGCCCCCCUUGUGUUUGGAUUCAGUUUCGGAGAGCGAGAGAGAGGAUGGCACACAUGUAGGAACAACUGACCGUUCAUCAUUGCACGCAGCGCAGCACGAGAGGACGCAUGUGAGCGUUUUACGACGUGCGAUGGAAGAAACCCGAUAAAUGCAUAUGAACUUUCGAAAAAGGGCAUGAAGGCAUCUGGUUAAGUCAAGUUCAACACAGCAGCAGCAGCAGCGGAUCACAUGCGCGCCGGAUCCAGAAGAAGCGACGACAGGAUGGACUGACUGAGACAUUACGCGCAAGAGGCGAGAGAGGAGAGGUUGCCAAGGGCACCGCGUUAUAGGUUUGACCUCUGGUUGUUGGUUGGUUGGUUGGUUGGUGGAAAAUCAUUUCAUAGAAUAAACAACUUGGCUGGAGGAUGUAUCAAUGAAGAAUGUGAGCGCGUCUGACUCUCUCUGGAUGAAGCCCUCGGCGGUGUCAUGCGUUUUGACGCGCAGCCAAGCGCGCAACCCUCGCGGCUCAUAGUCCUCCUCUUUCUCCUCUUCAUCCUCUUCAUCACCGUGAACUCAUCUCCGGUGCUUUCUACCGGCUGCCCGGACAGGUGUGUUUGUGAUGACCAGCUGGUGGUCCAGUGCGCCGGACAGCAUCUCACCAGCUUCCCGGUGAACCUGCCUCUGGCCACGCGGCAGCUCAUCAUCUCCAACAACCGCAUCGUGGAGCUGCCGCCGCUGUCUCUCAACUACCUGUCCGACCUGGUCUACCUGGACUGCAGCAACAACUCCCUCACGGAGAUCUCCGAGUCCACCUUUGGGAACCUCCGGAAGCUGGCCUACCUGGACCUCUCCUUCAACACCUUGGUGCGGAUCGAGGACAGGACCUUUGGCCCUUUGGCGAGCCUGGUGAUGCUAAGGAUGACGGACAACCCGGGGCUCUCGGACCUCCACCAGGACGCCUUCGUGGAGAACGCGGCCCUGCAGGUGCUGGACGUGAGUCGCAACAACCUGACUCACGUCAACAUCACGUCACUGAUCGCGCUGCCCAACCUGCGGUCCGUGGGGCUCAGCGGGAACCCGUGGAGCUGCGAGUGCGACAACGAGGACCUGUGUCUGUGGGUCCACCUGGAGGGCUUCAAGUUCCAAGAUGAGGGCCAGACGGUGUGCGGCUCACCCGCUGACAUGCAGGGCCGUCGUCUGGGCGAGGUGGGCAUCCAGCUACGGACGUUAUGUCACCAGACUCUGGGCUCCUGGGACUACCUCUUCUUUGUAGUCAUCGGCUUCGUCAUCUUUGCCGCCGGCACCGUGUCGGCCUGGGUGAUGGGCGUCGUUAUGGUGCUCUAUGAGCGCUACAUCAAGAAGAAAGACGAACAGCUCGACGUGGACGACGAGGAAGAGUCCAGUGAGACGGGUCAGACCUCGCGGGACAGGGGUGACCAUGGCAACGGGAAUUUGAAAACGUCACAUACUGUUUGAAAUGUUUAAUCCCCACUCUGCCCGAUCGCGGAUUCCCACAGUGCCUCCUGUCAGCUCCCAGGACUGUCUGUGAAGACUAAUUACACUCCAGUCAAACUGAGUCUGCUCAGCUCUGAAAGAGAAAAGAGAGGAUUCAACAGAGAUGUGGAAUGUCAUUCUUCUCAUUUGUAGUGGGCUUUCAGGUGAUGUAACACACUCUGGCUGCCAUUGUGGAGGUCCCCGGCCCAUUGGGUAUUGCUCAUGUUAUGCAAAUGAAUAGCUGUGGUUUAUUACUUUGUAAUAUUUAUAACGGGGAUGUGGUCAUACAGGGUGACAAAGGAGCCUUUAUCAGCCAAGCUGGUAGAAAUGGAAUAUAAUAUUAAUAUUUUCUUUAGCGUAUAAUAUCCUGAAACUAAGAUCGCUGUGUUUUAGUUAGCUUAGAAUGAGCCGUUUAUAUCUACAUAGAGAG